GAGCAGCUGACGUUGCCACGCACCUCUCAUGAGCAAGCACGAAGCCAACGAGCCAGCAGAGGCCGUGCCCAAGCGUCUCAAGACAGAUGCAAGCCAGCCCGGCUCGCAAAGCGAACGAGCGAGCGACCCUUUCUUCAGAUCCGUCGGCUCUCUAGCUCAAGCGACCGAUGCUUUACCAGACGAUCAUCAGCCUUCUACUGAGGCGGCAGCAAAUGGAAACGGUGCGACUACGGAAGAAUCGCACCCGGUUGAACAGAUUGAGAGCUUGUGCAUGGAGUGUCACGAGCAAGGCAUGACGAGAAUGAUGCUCACGACGAUUCCUUAUUUUCGUGAGGUCAUCAUCGUCUCGUUCCGCUGUGAGUUCUGCGGGCACACGAAUAACGAAGUACAAAGCGCAGGCAUGAUACAAGAGCGAGGCAGCACGUACACCGUACAACUGACUGCGCCAGUCGAUCUGAAUCGUCAGGUCGUCAAGUCUGCAUCCGCCAGUAUCGUCAUUCCCUCGUUAGCGUUGACCAUUCCGCCCGGCAAAGGCCAAUUCACGACCAUCGAAUCCAUCAUGCAAGCAACAAUAGACGACCUCGAAUUUCAGCAGCCUGCCAGACGAAACCUCACGCCAGACGUAGCCGACAAGAUUGACGCUUUGAUACAGAAGCUACAAGAGCUCUUGCUAGGUCGUGAGGAGGGACAAGCUUUCAAGCCUUUUACGGUCAGAUUAGACGACCCCAGUGGCAAUUCGUAUCUCGAGACCUUGAAUGGCUUCAACGACCCCAAAUGGUCCAAGCGAGAAUACGAGCGCUCACAGGAGCAAGACAUACAGCUCGGCCUGGCAGAAGCCGGUUCUACUGCCACUCAGGCUGAUACGCAUGGCGUGGCGCAAGAAACGACAUUGACUGACGACUAUAAGCCGGAGAAUCCAGACGAAGUGCUCUCGUUCCCGACGACGUGCUCAUCCUGUGGUAGCAUGCUUGAGACCUUUAUGAAGACCGUCAACAUACCUCACUUCAAGGAAGUAAUCCUGAUGUCCACAAACUGCCACAGCUGUGGCUACAGGGACAACGAGAUCAAGAGCGGAGGUGCUAUCGCUUCACAAGGCCGGAAGGUUACCUUGCAGGUCGAAGAUGCAGAAGAUCUCAGCCGCGACAUUUUGAAAAGCGAGACAGCAGGCCUCGAGAUUCCAGAGGUGGAUCUGUAUCUGCAUCCUGGCACUCUAGGAGGACGAUUCACUACGCUUGAGGGCCUACUCAAUCAGGUGUACGAAGAGCUGGACGCCAAAGUGUUUGCCCGCGGAGAUUCUGCGCUGCAAGGAGCGCAGGAUAUGACAGCGAUGGAGCAAUUCCUCAUUGGUCUCAAAUCGGCCAUGACGGCGUCGAAGCCUUUUACUGUCAUCUUGGACGACCCGCUAAGCAACUCGUAUAUCCAAAAUCCGUAUGCGCCUGAUGACGACCCAAAGAUGAUCGUCGAAGUCUACGAUCGAUCUCACGAGCAGAACGAGGAGCUCGGCUUGAAUGACAUCAAAGUGACAGGCUACGAAGGCGAAGCAGAAGCCCACCAAGCUCGCGAGACCGAGGAUGCACAAAUGGCGGCCUCUUAAUGCAUUGUACAGCAUACUGCAUAGAAUUCGCAUACAAUGUGUACAUACAGGCUCAAAUCUGCACCAAUGCAUGUCUGUACUAGCUCUCUGCCGAUUGUCUUACCGGCUGCCUUAGUCUAUCGCGUCGAUGACUGCUCUGGACUCGGAAGAAAAGCCAGUUGAC